AUGGCUCGUCUGAAGCUCUUUCUUGUUCUGCUGUGGGUCGGUACCACACUGAGCACAGUGGUGGAUGUGCACAAAGGAAUCAUUAAAGGUCAACAAUGUAAUCCAACAGAGCGUCUGUAUCAUGUGAAAUUGGUCGAUCAAAACAAUAAUUUCAUCUGUGGAGGCUCUUUGAUCAACAACCAGUGGGUUCUGACUGUGGCUCACUGCUGGAAGUCAGGAUUAAAAUUGUCAGUCAUUUUAGGAGUGCAUCCAGGUCCAGGAGAGAAAGUGGACAUAACUACAGAACCUGCGAUCUUCAAAAAGAGGAUCCAUGAUAUUAUGUUACUGAAGCUACCGGAAGGAACAAAAAUUCCAGCUAUUAUAGGUCUUGCUAACUGCAAUGCAAAACCAAGAUUGGGAGAUGAGGUGCAGAUUGCAGGACAUGCCUCCACCCACAUGGGCAACAACAAAGAAAGAGUAGGUGGUGAAUCAGCAACUCUUCAGUGUGCAAAUGUUAACAACGUUGACUGCACCAGACUCAGUGAACUUAAGAGUUCCCAGCACUGGUUCUGUGGUCAAGCUGAUGGAAAGGAUGCAUGUCAUGGUGACUCUGGUGGAGCAGUGGUGUUCAAUGGCCGGCUCUACGGUUUAGUCACUUUCACUGGGGGCCAUGUAUACGCAACAAAAGAAGCAUUUGGAUUCAUAGACCUUUGUCAUCCAGGCUAUUUACAGUGGAUUGAAACAACUAUUUCUAAUUCCAACAAGAAGCAGAAUAAGAUGACUAUUCAGAUGAAGAAGGACAUUAAGGAGACGAAUCUGUUAAAGAAUCUGAUGGAGAAGAUGAAGAAGAAGAAGACUGUUCAGAGGCGGAAUGAAGUUAAAAAGAUGAUGGUGAAUAAUCUGAUAGACAAGGUUAAAAAAAUACCGUCGAUUGUGAGAGACAAGUGGAUAAAUCUGAAGAACAAAUUUAAGAAGAAGACUGUUCAGAGGAAGAAGACGUUUAAGGAGAAGCUGAAGAAAGUGGGGGAAAAGGUUAAGGAAGGGUUAACGAAUAUGAAGGAUAAGGUUAAGGAAGGGUUAACGAAUAUGAAGGAUAAGGUUAAGGAAGGGUUUACGAAUCUGAAGGAUAAGAUUAAGGAGAAGCUGAAGAAGAAGGACUAGGAGAACAAGGAGGGCACUAAGUAGUGAUUUCUUCUGUGGUUAAGGAUAA